GCAGCCCUUGGGGAGGGGCGCACGGCCGCGUCUCCGCUCCCAGCGCCGGCUCUCAGCCCCCCCAUGGCCGGGAUCGCCCCACGGGCACAUUCCCCUGGCACCGAUGUCUUCGCCACCCCUCACGGCUUCUUCGUCGUCCGCUCCGACGUGGGCUGCUUCCUUCAGGCGCCCGAGUGCCACUCCCCUGAGGCCGUGGAGAUCCGGGACCUGCACCCUGCCUGCCGGGGCGGGGAACACUAUGUGAGCGACGACACCGGCUCCUCCGUCUGCAUCCUCCGGGGGCACGCGUUCCACCGAACCACGGACCUGAGCGCCGCCCCCAGCCCGGACGCCCUCCCCCUGCACCCCACGUGCCGCGGCGGAGACCACUAUGCCUCGUGGGGCAGCCGCUUCUCCGUCAUCUUCCUGGCCCGCGGCGUGGUUCUGUCUGUGGCUGACCUGACCACGGGGGCUGAAGCAGAAGAGACGACCCUGGAGCCCGCGUCCCGCCAUGGACUCUACUACUAUGCCCCUGAUGCAACCCACCUGGCUUUCCUGGGUGUGGACGAGCAGCGGGGGCUAUACAGCCAGCUCUUCUCUAGCUUAGGCCACCAGGAGGUCCUCCCCGUCCACACGGACGUGGCCAGCUUCCUCCCUGGCGGCCUGUCCCUGGUCCACAGGGGCACCUUCGGGGCAUGGGAAUGCAUCAAGCUGAUCCAGAACGAGACGGACGGGCCGCUCCCCGGCAGCCACGAGAUAACCCGGAAGGUGGGACGCGUGGAAGAGAAAUUGGCCAACUGGACCUUCUCCACGGCCGGUUCCCCGGCACCUGCAGACCUGUCUGUGGCCUUGCUCCAGGCCCAGUUCUCCCUGCCCCCCGUGUAUGGCGGGCUGGGGCUCAGGACGGAGCAGGAGGAGUGGGAGGCUGUGGCCGAAGAGGGAGAGGAGCUGCGGGUCAUUCUUCAGCCUCGGCAGAAGCUCUACUGGUGGCAGUAUCACCUGGGCUUGGGGCACCGGCCUAUACUCUUCUGCCGCUGCCUCAAGGUGACCCGUAGCCCCGCGUCACCUGACAACCUCCCACUGCCCUGGUCGGACUCAGGGGACACUGGCGUCUGACUGGGGAAGGGAGGCUGGCGGUGGGAGAAAGGUUAACGUUGUUGCUGAAUAAAUGAUGUUCUGUUGUACUGGC